AUGCCACUCCAAAGUCAACUGAAAUUAGACCAGACAUUUCAGUCUCAAGAAAUGUUAGUGAAAGGUACAGUAAUCCCAACCAUCAAAAAAGUGUUAGAUUUAUCAUUGAUUUCAGUUUCUGAGAAAAUUAUAUAUGAUAUUAUUCAUAUUUGUCACAAACACAAACGUGAAGCUUAUAACUUGAAAAAACAAUCAAAGGAAGUUCAAGAUAAAGAUGCAAGACGAAAACAUCGAAAUUACCGAAGGAGUAGU